UGAUCUAAACUACCUAUUUUAGAAGUGGUGUGUUGUGUCUUUCUCGAAUGGCGGAAGGAUUGCAUCCUCCGUUGCAGCACACUGCGCAUCCUCAUGAGCCCAAGGAAGACGAUCUUGAAAAAUUCAAGAAAUGGCAGGAAGCUCGCCUCGAACGAAAACUCCGAGGAGAGUAUGAAUCUGCCGUUUUUCACCUUGCAGAGCUUGUCAACCAAAAUCUGGAGACAUCACUAUCAGUCGCUUCAGUCCGUGUAGAUGGUGCUACAAAUACCAGGAAAUCUUUUCUAGGCUGGCUAAUUCAGCCAUGGCUUGCGCGGCAUACAGACGACCGGGCAAGCAAGACGAACAAUCUGCAGGGAGCGCUAUAUACUGCAAGGGGCAUAAGCCACAUUUUGCAAGAGACGGACCUGUUUCACUCUGUCGACGCAAAAAUACAGAGGAGUCGGGAUUACCUUGCCGGGGAAGGGGACGUUGAUAUUGUUGUCACUACACGUGAAAAGGGCCGGUUCUACUUGAAAACUGCCACUGAAUUCGGUAAUAAUGAGGGCAGCGUUAGUGUCACGGGCAGAGUGCGCAACAUAUUUGGCGGAGCUGAGUUCCUGGAAGGACACUACUCAGCAGGCACGAAAACGCGUCGUUCUUUCCAGGGGCUUCUCUCCCUUCCUCUUUCACCGUCAUUGCGCACAACGGGCCAACUUUCGUUGUUCAGUCAGGAGCGAGAUCUCUCGUCUUUUGCAAGUUGUUCGGAGAUUUUACACGGCUUAAAGGUUGCAAUAAAUAGCAACUGGGGAGUACACGGUGUUCACGAAGUUGCAUAUCAGGCCAUUUUGAGGCACAUCAACAACUUAGCACCAAGUGCAUCAGUCAGCAUUCGCGAACAUGCCGGUCAAACCAUCAAGUCAUCGAUCUCUCAUUCAUGGACAAAAGAUACCAGAGACGACAAGCUCGCAGCGUCACGUGGCUAUUAUUGCAAACUUUUUCAAGAGCUAGCUGGACUGUCAGGGGACGUGUCAUUUUACAAGGCCGAGGUUGAAAGUCAAAUUUCCCGGCGCCCCGUUCCAGGAAUGAGCCUCUCGUUGGCUGCACGGUGUGGCCUCUUAAAGGCUCUUACCGGCCCCAGCCAUUUUUCCGAUAGGUUCCAGCUCGGCGGACCUCUCAGCUUAAGGUCGUUUAAGGCGAACAGCAUGGGCCCUCGAGAUCGAGUCGAUUCACUUGGUGGUGACAUUUACUGGUCGACAGGUGCUUCUUUGGUGUCCGAUAUCCCACGGAAACCGCAUUGGCCCAUUAAGUCACACAUAUUUGUGAACGCUGGGAGGUUGGAUCCAAUGGACGGAACGAAAGGACUGAGCGAGAAUUUAAUAGGGUGCCUAAGAAAACCCUCAAUAUCCGCGGGAGUUGGCCUUAUAUACCGCUUCGAUCCUGUGAGAGUAGAGGUGAACUUUGGGGUACCGCUUGUUGCAAGUAAGAGCGAUGGUGUGCGAAGGGGCUUGCAAGUUGGUAUUGGCAUGGAGUUCCUAUAGCAUAAUACUCCCAACUAGACUUACAACAUGGAUCGUGCUAAUUCACAUCAACAU